AACGGGAUGAAGCAACUGGAAAACAAAUACAGUCACAAUGACAACAUUGUACCGAUUUCAAGGAGCAAAGUUCAAACUGGUGUUUGUUGCAGCAAAAAAAAGUGUUGCAUGAGCGCUCCGUUCGCCGAGCAAGUUGGUACACUGAGUACGUUCCGUGAGCAUGAACACUUAUACAAAACCACGCUGUGUUCUGAUCCUUAAUGCUUAAUGCUGUAGCACCGUGCUAAUCACCUCGACCAUGAACAAGAGACGGAGGGUUAGUGCCCGGCCCAAAAAAGCGACAUUCUCUGAAUUGAUGUACAGCCGCGUGUCGCAUAGGAUUCCACGGCCACGGACUAUCCGACUGAACCCCGCUGGAUAUGACAUGGCCGAUGGAAACAUGGAAAUGCUGGAUCUGACGUCAGAGCAGGUUCGCUCUGGUCAUGAGAUGAUCCGAGAGACUUUCAAGAAAGUGGAAUGCAUCCGAUUUGUACCAAGUACGAAAUCCCAGGGCGUGUGCCUGUGUGGUCGUGUUUUUGAGCACCACAUCCCUGAGUGUGUGGAAGGCGAGCCGGGCGAGAUUUGGGACCCAGAUGAUGGGCGAUAUACGAGACGGUCCCCCACCGAUGCUUUCGGGGAGGUAGAGUUCCAAGGGGUUUGGACCUCCACACGGGCAAAGUAUGUCCGCGUUGCUCACGACACACAGGCCUCUGACAUCUUGGACCUCCUCACUAAUAUUUGGAACUUGCCCCUUCCUAAACUCCUGAUUGAAGUGACUGGGGGAGCGAAGGAUUUUGUCCUGCAACCUAAGCUAAGGCGGGUGUUCCGAAAGGGUAUUGUGAAGGUAGCUGAGUCCACGGAUGCUUGGAUCUUGACUGGAGGAACCAAUACUGGUGUGAUGAAACAUGUUGGUAAGGCCUUGCGGGAACACACCCUCAGAUCACGACACAAGAUAAAUGCCAUUGGUGUUGUAUCCUGGGGGAUAGUUGACGGCAACACAGAGCUUGAAGACAAGAGAAACAGACAGCAUGCACGUGUCAAGCAUUAUCGCAUGACAAGUUCAUUGGAGAGCUCGGGGGCAUCACUGGAUCCAAACCACACACACUUCAUUCUUGUAGAUAAUGGCACAGUGGGAAAAUAUGGGGUGGAGAUCACUCUGCGAUCCAGCCUGGAAAAACUGGUGUCUAACCACAAAAUGGACCCUGCUAGUGACUGCGGCAUACCAGCAGUCUGCCUUGUCCUUGAGGGUGGCCUAAACACCAUCCGUGUGGUCCUUGAGAACAUCACCAAGGAUCCAAUCAUUCCUGUUGUCAUUGCAGAGGGGAGUGGUCGAGGGGCUGAUCUGAUUGCAUACGCGUACGCCAAGUCUGAUGCUGAGGGAGCACUUAUGCCGGACCACAAGGAGAAACUAAAGGCAAAGAUUGCCCAAACAUUUCCUAGCAACCAAGACAAACAUGAGAGCCUGUUUGAAGACCUUGAACAGGUUAUGAAAAGGAAGAAUCUGAUAACAAUCUACAGUGUGGAUGCAGGGGAUGAUGUCGACAUAGAUUACGCAAUUCUCAAUGCCCUUAUGAAAGCCAGCAAUUUGUCUCCCUCUGAUCAGUUGAAACUCUCCCUGAUCUGGAACCGAGUUGAUCUUGCAAAGGAGAAGAUUUUCAACCAAAACAUUUCAUGGAACGAUUUGUGUCUAGAUGAGGCGAUGGAGGUUGCACUUGUUCGGAAUCGAGUAGAUUUUGUUAGACUUCUGCUGGAAGCUGGAUGCUACAUGAAGUCUUUUGUGACAACAAAACGACUAGAACAGCUCUACAGUUCCAUUGAUAGCAUGGAUGAGUCAGAACCAUUCCCAACUUUAUCUGUACUCUACCAACAAGCAAAUCUCAUGCCACCAAAGAUUCGAUAUGGCAAGCGUCACUUCAGGCUACAACUCAUUGGCCGUUUGAUCCAGUACUUACUCGGUAAAGGAUUUGCCUGCAAUUACACAGCCAGCUCUGAGAACAAUCUGCGGUGCAAGACAUGUGGAACCUUCAUGAAGUGCUUUCAAAGAACUGAGGGGGAGGAAUCAGACAGCUGCAGUUCCAGUGCAGACUUUGACUGCUUCCCAUUCAAUGAUCUGUUCCUGUGGGCCCUGUUGACCAAGAAGUAUCAGAUUGCUCGGCUGAUGUGGCAGCGAGGCCGUGAGACACUGGCCAAGGCAUUGAUCGGGGCUCGGCUCUGUUACCGAAUGUCUGAGGUUGCAAAGUGGAAGUACAACACAGAUGCUGCUGACAGGCUGGCGGAGGAGAAGAGGUGGUAUGAAAACUUAGCUGUGGAGCUUCUGAGCCAGUGCUUUGAGGAAGAUGCCAGCUUCACACGUUUGCUUCUGUGUGCUCAACUUGACAAUUGGAGUGAGCAGACUUGCUUGUCCCUUGCUGCUGCCUUCAAUCACUCCAGAUUCAUCGCUCAUCCUAGUAUACAGUUCCUCCUGAAUGACCAGUGGUAUGGUGUAUUCAGCAAGAUAUCCAGUGUGAAGGAGUUUACAGAAUGGCUGUUUCCUGCUAAAGCUUCCAAUUCCACUGAUGAACAGCUGUCAAUCCAGCAUUCUAACAAGAACAGCAUUCGAUGCACUAGUGCUGUAACAUCAGGAUAUGAGAUGCAGAAAACUGCUAAUGGGGAGAGGAAACAUAGCAUACACAGUGUUGGCUCACUGGGUCUUGGUAUCCGAGGGCCAACAUUCAAGCGACGGCUACCGUACUGUACUUAUGGGUCAACAACCGAUGACCAAAAUGAAGCUCCAUUCCUGGAAAAAAUAAGGCUACUCAUGGUGGCACCUAUAGGCAAGUUCUGGAUCAAUACGCUGUUCUAUUUCAUAUUCCUGAUGAUGUUCAGCUUCGUCGUUCUAGUUGACCUGCAGGGUGACAUUAUGGUUGUGGAAUGGGUUGUGACUUGCACGGUAUUCACCUUGGCAAUGGAGGAACUACGACAGGUUCUUAUGAUGGGCGAGCAUGGUCGCCUCACUCUGUGGCAAAAGAUUAAGAUGUGGGCCUCCGAUAAGUGGAAUGUUUGGGACUUGGUGGGCAUUUUGCUCUACAUCCCUGGCUUCAUCCUGCGGUUGUGCUCAGUGUCUAACAUGGAUUGUGCUGGCCAGCCCUUUGCCCGUAUGUUCUUUUGCCUAGACGUCAUGGUGUGGUAUGUCCGACUCCUGGAUGUGUGCAGUGUCAACAAUGUCAUGGGGCCAUAUGUCAAUAUGAUUGGUAACAUGAUACGUGACCUGUUAUACUUCAUGUUGAUUCUGCUAGUCUUCCUAGUGAGCUAUGGUGUAGCCAGACAGGCUAUCCUGUAUCCCCGCUCAGAAUGGGAAUGGAAGAUCCUGGCCGACAUCUUCCUCAUCCCAUACUGGCAGGUGUAUGGAGAGCUAUUCCCUGAUGCGGAGAAUAACCAGGAUACAUACAAUGUAACGGCAGAACCACAGGCUGAAAUUAAUGAAUGGGACAGAGUGAUCGUCAUUGGCAUCAUGAGCGUGUACCUCAUGAUAUCAAAUGUGCUGCUCUUGAAUUUGCUCAUCGCCAUUUUCAACAACACAUUCACAAGAGUUCAUGACAAUGCCAGUGAGAUUUGGAAGUUCCAACGCUACCGUUUAAUCAUGGAGUACAGUGAGAAGCCUUUUCUACCUGCCCCAUUCACCAUCAUCAUCCAUGUGAUCAUGGUCAUCAAGAGAUUGAUGUACUCAUGUUGUGGCCAUACCUUUAACUUGCCAGAUAUGAAGGAGAUUUUAGACGAACCUUCAAUGCAGCUGCUUUACAACUUUGAAGAAGAGUGCACAGAGAACUAUUUGAGACAAAAAGCUCUGGAGGAACAGUCAUCAGUCAAUGGAACAAUACAAAGGAUAUCAGAAAAGGUGGACACAUACUCAACUUUUCAAGAGGAACAGCAGCAGCGUGAUUUCAAGUACAGUGAAUCAAUCAGGCGACUGACUGAGCGAGUUGACAACAUGGAGAGAUCUAUAGAAAGCGUGAUGCAACUCAUGAGCAAUGAGAAGGAACCAGAUGACAAGAAGGGACUUGGUGGUAAAGUCACAUCUAUGUCUCCCAUUGCAGUCUGAAAAUAAUGAUUGGAAGCUCUCCUGGGUUGGAAGUCUACCCUCUGAGAUAAACAGUGCCUUCUGUUGAUGCAAAGCAACUGUUUGCUCUCACUGAAACCUCUUUCACCUUUCAUUACCAUCCUUGGACCAUUUGUGCUGCCUCCAUACAGAGUAUCAACUGCAAUUAUCUAAAAUCCUGAAAUACCUUGUGUAACAUUAUUGCUGUCUUGCCUGCCAGGUUUUUUACUGCUAGUGGAAGGCAGCACAGAUGUUAACAAAUGUGAUUGUGAUGUCAUCUGUAGUUACCUCAAGGAGCUAGAGUGAUGAAUGUCAUCAUCGGAUAAUCUGGACCAUUAUCCAAAUCUCGGUUUCAUUUCCCAUUUUGGCUUCAUUUCUGACUGCAGAGUAAUUUGGAAUCAUUUAUUAAUUGAAUCAAAUGAAAAUCUUCCAACUGUUGCCUGUAAAUGUAAUAAGGCAAUUUGAAGUUGACUGAACACAAAGUGGGGCAGCACUGAUCCCAGUAUACUGUAUAUCUCAGGCUGCUGAGGGGACUUUAAAUUCAUGUAAGUGGGGUCUGAUGCCAGGCUGUAGAAGCAGGUUGUAGUAAGAGAAUGGUCAUGACUUUAUCACAUGCACUAACCUGUAAAGAAUCAGGGGAGAAUUAGGCCCAGUGCUCCCCUCUCUGAUCCUCAUAAGUUUACACGUAUUUGUCAGGCUGUUUGUAGACACACAUAUUCACCCCUUCCACUUAGUUCGUGUGCAUGCACUAAAAUUCAGAAAAGUCAUGGUCACUUUCUAUUGCAUUUUAAAAUGGCAAUACCAGCUGGCAAACGACUAUACCAAAACCCAUCUGCGGAGAUCUUUAGCAUUGUGUAAAAGUUUGCUGAAUUUACACCAGAGAAAUAUAAUCAGGCUUCAGAUUUCAUUUUGUGAUGUGCUUCUUGUUAAUCAUACGUGACAUUUGCAAAAAUGGGGGGAAAUGUAUUUGUGUACGUUACAUUUCACAAUGUAAAAAGGGUUAUUUUAAACUCGAAAAUUUGAAUUGGUCUCCAGUUGUUUCACACAAGCUGCAUAUCUUGAUAAUUGAAAGAGUGUUUCAAAAAGGUUACCAUGUUAAUAUAUUUAAGCUGUUGCAAAUUGCUCUUUGUUAGUUUGAUCAAUUUCAAUUUUGGCUCUCUAUCGACCGGUUGGCCAUGAUUUAUGUGUGCACAUUCAUGCACAUGUACUCCAUCAACGCAGCUAUACAUAUAUAUGCACUACUACAUACAAAUGAUUCUCAUGUAAGAUAUUCAAUUUGCAAUAACUUGACAAUACUACCAAUGUUUUUAUCGGGUCUUAAUACACAUGGCACUUUAUGUUGUAUACUGGAUAAUCUGGAAAAGUUGUUUUAAAAUGGGGAGACGAUGGACAUAUUUUCUCUUAAAUCUGAUCAUGUUUAUUUUUUGUAAAAAAUCACUUUUUCGGAAAUCGUUUCAAAUUUUGUGCAACUGGGUUCAUAUAAUACAGUGGUUUAACGUCUAAUCAAUUUCUACUUUUCAGGCUAUCUCUGUGAACUUUGUAUUUCAUAAAUGUUCCGGGAAAAUGCCAAAGUCAUCACAUUUCUGCUGACAUGUUUCAGCUAUUUUGCCAUCAGUUCUUUUAGGGGUGGCUGUCAUGCACCUGAGCAUGAAAACACAUAUGCAGUGUUUACGUGUAUCAAAGUGGUAACAUCCUAUCGGCCUUACACAUUAUGAUUAGACUUCCAAAGCAGUGAGAGCUGGUGUAUGUUUGUAAAAAAGCAAGAUUGGACGUGUCAGUUUCUGUGUGAGAAACUCUUCCAAGGGAAAUGUCCAACAUUGUUACACGGGGGAAUGCAUGAUUAUUUUCAUUACAGUAAAGAUAUUUCACAGACAGAGUGGUCUUUGUUACCUGGUAUUUGCAAAGCAAAUAAAUAGCUGUUAAAUCACCAAAAAAAGUUAUAUUCGAUGGUAAAUCAGUCAUAAAUUAUUUGUAAUGCAGUCAGUAAUUACUAAAUUAACCAAACAACAGUAAGUAAACAUGGUAGCGUAAUGGUAAAAGCAUUAUGCUUCUCAGAUGCAGGUUUGGGUUCAAAUCUGUGGACUGGUGGGUUUUUCUUCCCCGAAAAAUCAUGUUAUCCCCAAAUACUCUUUAAAGUCAAACUCCACAUGAAAUUGCAAGAUAUUUCCCUUCUGGAAGAUUUUUUUCUUAAUUCAGGAAAAAAUCUGCAAUUGCACUAGGUUUGAGUUCUAUAUUUAAAUAGGAAAUAACAAUGACAAUAUAAGCAUGGAAACAGAUUGUAGUGAUAAACUUUUAAGUCCACAAAAAUGCAAAAGCAGUAUCAGGGAUUGGUUCCAGUUCAAUAUCCAUUGCAGUUGAAAUUGUGCAUGUAUAUAAUUAACCAGUUUUCUACAAUCACAGGAAUUUGUUGAUAAGCAGUUGCAACUACAUUUAUCAGUAUACUGUGAAAAAUGGAAUCUUUCUGACACUGAAAAAAGGUAUGAAAUUCAGAAAUUAAGUAUGAUUUUAAAAAAUUUACCAGGAACUGUAACAUUUUCUCAAUUAGUUGUAGAGGAUGCAUUUUUAGCAUUAUUUUUUUGAUUAGAUUAAAUUACAGGCCUAAUUCAAAUAAACUCUACUCCUUCCUGAGAUUUUUUUGAAUUACUUUGGCCAGUCAAAUCAGUAUUACAAUGAAUGCAUAAACCCAUGGACAAUGAAUGAGCCAGUUCAGUAUUCCAACAGUGUAUGCCCCAGAUAGAGUCAUUCAAAUGUAAAUGACCUGAAAUAUUAAACUGGCUCAUUCUCUUUCAUGGGUUGCACAGAGUAUGAUUAUAUGGUAGAAACUGACUGAGGGAUGCUCUGUAUGUAUGGGGAAGGGAAAAUCAGCAGAUGUGAAAGCACAUUCAUCAAAGUAAGGGAACCAAAUACACACUAAUCCAAUGGUUUCCCUGAACUAUUCCCACUAUGCUAAAAUAAAUGCACAUCUUGACCAGUAAGUGGAGUAUUUUUGUGGCAUUUUCAUAUUCGUCAUUUGUGGUUCCCUGCUUUUCUUAGUCAUAAAGUAUCUGUUAUAAUAUUCAUGAAAGCAUUACAUUAAAUUAUGGAAGUUACUGGAUCAGACACCAUUCUUUUUCUCCCCAAAAGAGAAAUUUCCACAAAGGUAUACAUGUACAGUGUAUAUUUCUAAAUUUUACUCACUUUGAAAGGAGUUGAGGUAAAAGUUUUUGAGAAGUCCAGGAGUUCUAGUUAAGAACCACCAAUUGAAAAGGUCUCAUGUCCCCUGAGCAGCUAGCAAUGGGGUCAUCAAAUAGGUAUUGCCUAACUGCACUAUAUCACACUCAUUUACAAAAUACCAUGUUGCACUCACAUGAUGCUGAUUUCAAGUAAGAGCUUGUACUUUUGGCACUAUGUGACAGUACACAGUUUAAUAUGGGGACUGAAAGACACAUUAAGGAUGGCUGUUCAGCAUUCCAGCUCAACCAACAAUGAAAUCUACAACUUGUCCAGCUUUAUUAGAAAGACAAUGUUUAUUGCAAUAUUCAAUACUGAGGACAACACUUGCUUACAGCACAGAAUGGGAAACAGAUAGGUACAUACCAUACACAGAAGAAGAUUUUACCCAAAGGUCACUAGUGUUGAGAGAGAAAAUCCACAGACACAAUUUGGCAAUGGUAACAAGGAUGCAAACACCUAAAGUUAGAGUACAGCUAAUAUUUUCACAACUAGAACCAACUGCACCUUGAAAUACACUAGUUUGAAAUCCUGUACCAAAUAAUGUGGACCUGCAUUCUUUUUUCCUUUUGUUUGGUUUCUUUCCUUCUGCAAAAAAACCCUGUAACCAAUGACUGCUGGUAGAUUUCAAACAAAUUUGACCCUUACAGUCAUUCCAAAAUGGAGGCACAAAAAGUUCAAAUGAUAUAAGAAUGACUUAUCAAACCAACUGCGGAAUAAAAGACUGGUUUAUGGCUCACUGUCAUUGUUUUUACGCUUGUCAGAGCACCAUGCAAAUUAACUCACUUGCAUAGAGGCUGCAAUGAGGCAGUAGUUGCGACAAAAUCCUGCAAUAAUAGAAUGUUUUUACCAAAGGCACCUUUUCCAAUCAAAACCCAUUUACUUUUCUUAAUAUACUUCUCUGCAUGGCAAUUUUUUUAACACCAAUGAUUGUCUCUGUACAGUAUAAAAUACACUCAAAACAAAGACAAAAAUCAAAACAAUUCAAAACUUAAAAAAAAUUAAAAGAAGGUAAAAUCAAAAACAAAAAAAUAGAUCAAAGAUACUUGUAUAUUACAGGCUCUGUGAUUCCCAACAGCCUCAAAAGCUAACCUACAUAAUAUGCCCUUGGAAGGAAAAUACAAUAUAUAAUGUACACUGAACUCAAUAAAAUAUUUACAUACAUCAGAAUGAUACAUUGGAAUAAAUAAUUCUGUGUAUCACUCAGAAUCUAGAUUAUUUUACUCCACACCCUAGAUCUGCAAGUAAUAAAUGAUUACUUGCACAAAGAUGAUUCUGCCAUCUUGGGUAAUAUUUUAUCAAAAGACUAAAAUAUUUACUUAAAA